AUGCCCAAAUUGAAGGCGGCUCGCGGGGCCGGGGGUCAGGAGAAGCAUGCGCCCCUGGCCGAGCAAAUCCUGGCUAGGGACGCGGUGCGGGCAGGGGCCCGGGAAAAACGACGGGGCCGUGGAACCGGAGAAGAGGAGGAAGAGUACGUGGGGCCCCGGCUGACCCGACGGAUUUUGCAGCAAGCGCGGCAACAGCAAGAGGAGCUCGAGGCCGAGCAUGGGACCGGGGGCAGGCCCGCGGCGCCGCGGGAGCGCACCACGCGGCUGGGAGUGCCACAGGAUGGAUCAGAUGACGAGGAGUGGCCCACUCUGGAGAAGGCUGCCACCAUGACAGGGCCAGACUACCACGCAGAGGUGGUUGUGGACCCCGAGGAUGAGCGGGCCAUUGAGAUGUUCAUGAACAAGAACCCUCCUGCCAGGCGCACCCUAGCUGACAUCAUCAUGGAGAAGUUAACUGAGAAGCAGACGGAAGUCGAGACGGUCAUGUCCGAGGUGUCAGGCUUCCCUGUGCCCCAGCUGGACCCCCGGGUCCUGGAGGUCUACAGAGGGGUCCGGGAGGUGUUGUCUAAGUACCGCAGUGGGAAACUGCCCAAGGCAUUUAAGAUCAUCCCUGCCCUCUCCAACUGGGAGCAAAUCCUCUACGUCACAGAGCCUGAGGCCUGGACCGCUGCUGCCAUGUACCAAGCCACGAGGAUUUUCGCCUCUAACCUAAAGGAACGUAUGGCCCAGCGCUUCUAUAACCUGGUCCUGCUCCCCCGGGUGCGAGAUGACAUUGCUGAGUACAAACGACUCAACUUCCACCUCUACAUGGCACUGAAGAAGGCUCUCUUCAAGCCUGGAGCCUGGUUUAAAGGCAUCCUGAUCCCGCUGUGUGAGUCGGGCACGUGUACCCUCCGGGAAGCCAUCAUCGUGGGCAGCAUCAUCACCAAGUGCUCCAUCCCUGUGUUGCACUCCAGUGCAGCCAUGCUGAAAAUCGCAGAGAUGGAGUACAGCGGUGCCACCAGCAUCUUCCUGAGGCUGCUGCUGGAUAAGAAGUACGCGUUGCCCUACCGGGUGCUGGACGCCUUGGUCUUCCACUUCCUGGGUUUCCGGACGGAGAAGCGUGAGCUACCCGUGCUCUGGCACCAGUGCCUCCUGACUUUGGUCCAGCGCUACAAGGCUGACCUGGCCACAGAGCAGAAGGAGGCCCUCCUGGAACUGCUUCGGCUGCAGCCCCAUCCCCUGCUGUCUCCCGAGAUCAGGCGCGAGCUUCAGAGUGCCGUCCCCCGAGAUGUAGAUGUUCCCAUCACCACGGAGUGACGAAGCUUGUCCUGGUCUGCAGGGCAUGGGAGGACACCAGGAUCCCUGCCCCUGACUAAAGGUGACACUGAGCCUUUAUAGCUGAAGGCCCAGUUCAGGGCCACAAGAGGUCACGGGCCUCUGAUUCCCCAGUUCUGGACAGGGAGAACUCAGUCUGGCCGGCUCUCUCUUCCAUUCUAGGCCUGCAUCCCUGCUCAGUUCUGGGACCUGACUUGAAACUCCACAGCCUGACAGUCCCACUUCCCAGCUGGGGGUUGGAGUGGGUACUUUCUCUCAGGCUGUUGUGUCAGUUCACUGGGAGGUAGAUAAAAACAAAAGGCAGGUAUUUAUUGAA